AUGCCCCUGAUGCAUAAAUUAAAUCAACAUAAAGCUCCAGCAAUUCUAUCACGCCGCAACGGACACAAAAUAACUAAUCACGGGGAUGAUGAUAAAAGCUCAUCAGAGGGCAACACCACGCCUUGUGUUGCUAGGAUCUCCGAGCUGGCAUCUCACAGCGUGUCUGCUCUCCUUCACCUGCGUUUCCUGGACCUAAGUGGGAACCGUCUGUCUGUGCUUCACCCAGAGGCCCUCAGGAUUCUAGACAGCCCUCUCCAGGAGUUGAACCUCAGCCAUGCUCUGUUCGACCCUCGUGCACUGCCAGACCUCACCACAGCUCUGCGCUGGGGGGACCUCCGUGGCCUCCUGAAGCUGGAUCUCUCUGGAAACAGCCUGUCUUUACUAUCACCUGGGAUGUUCACCCAUCUGCCUAGUCUGCAGCAGCUGUUCCUCCACACGAAUGCUCUAUCCCUGGUCUAUAGCGGGACCUUCUCCGGCCUGAUCCAUCUGAAGCUGCUGGAUCUGAGGGAGAACCACUUCAAGACGUUUCAGAAGAAUGCACUGACGGAGCUGCAGAGCCUUGGAGACAUACGGAUCCUCUUGGGAGAGAACCCCUUCAGCUGUUCCUGUGACAUCCGUGCAUUUGUGUCCUGGCUAAACAGCUCCAAAGCUGAUGUGGACGUUGAGAGUAUUAGAUGCUCUUCUCCCAAAAGGCUGGCUGAGUUUGGGCUCCGCGGCCUGGGCUUGGAGGCUAUUGGCUGCGUGGCUCCAUCCCCAGACAUCACAGACCUCACACUGCAGACUUCAUAUGUGUUUUUAGGGCUGGUUCUUGGCUUUGUGGGAAUGGUUUUCCUUUUUGUUCUUUAUCUUAACCGCAAAGGCAUGAAAAAGUGGAUUAUAGAGACUAGGGAUGCUUGCCAGGACGUGCUAGAGGGAUACCAUUAUCGUUAUGAGAUUGACACAGACCCGCGGCGUGCCUCUGCCUCUGUGUCUGUAGAGAGUGGCAGCAUGCAGGACCACUCGGGCUUGUCCCAACAGCUGCCCACAGACACAUGCAUAAACCGAGCGUCCACCAGCCCUCCAGCUGACGUCUGCAAACCAAACAUGAUAUGCUGA